AUGGCCCAGGAACACACCGUGACCAAGGUUCUCUUGGAAUGGAUCAACAGCUUCUCCUUGGGCAAAACACUCCGAGGAACGGACGAAUUGACCGACGGCAUUAUCCUAUGGGAGAUCCUCCAAGAUAUCGACCCGCAAUACUUCCUCGAUGAGAUCCCUGAACGCAACCCUGCCGACCAUUGGGUCGCUAAAUGGCAGAACUUGAAGCACAUUCACAAGCUCCUGCUCAGUUACAUCCGACACCAGAACGAUGAUACCCUCCCCUCCGGUCUCGACCCGUCACCCGAUCUCGAAGCCGUCGCAGAGAAAGCAUCGAUCAAGGAAACCAACAAGUUGCUGAAAUUGCUUCUGAUCGCCGCCAUCAGCUCUCCGAACGCCGGGACUUACGUACAGACCCUCCAGUCACUCACGACCCCGACUCAGGAGGGACUCAAGGAUAUCAUUGAGGAGGCGCAUAAUGGUCAACAUGAACCUUUGGACGGAGUCGAUGAUCUCCCGGAGGAGUCUGCGAAGACAGAUCACCCCGUGGAUUUGGAGCUGCAGUUCGAGGAACGCGUCGGAAAGGUGAUCGCGGAGAAUGAUCGUCUGACACACGAGAAGAAGGAGCUCGAGAAGGCUUUGGAGGACCUGCACAACCGGCUGGCGCGUCUUCAGGAGAACAACGAUACACUCCAGAACCGUCUGGCAUCGACUGAGGAUCGUUUGGUCACCUUGAAGUCUGGAAAGGGUGACCUAGGAUUCAAUGCCAAGGCGCUGGAAAGCAAGACCCGCCAGCAAGAUGAUCUGAUCGCGUCGCAAGAGGCCAAAUUGAGUGCUGCCCAGGACGAGAUCGACAGUCUUCGCAUGACCGUGGAAUCAUUAAAGGUCAAGAACCAGCGUCACCAGAAACUGCAGGACGACUAUGACGAGCUACGCACCGAGAAAGAGCAAUUGGCGCGGAAAGCAAACGCAGCAGAAAAGUAUCGCCAAAAGCUCCAAGCCAGCCAGGACUUUGAAAAGGAGAAUCAGACUCUCAAGAACCAGAUCAAAGACAUUCAGCAGCAGCUGAAGGAGUCGGAUUCACAGCAACGGUGGUCUUCAGAGCGUGAAGUCGAGCUAGAGGAGUACCGCAAGCUGUUGCCACGUAUUGAACAAGAGUGCAAUGAGAUUCAAAACCUCAAGAAGCAACUCGAGUUCAAUAACCAUGCGCUUACGGAGCGGCUUCAGAGUGCCGAUGAGCAGCACGAAAGGGACGACGCGUUGAUUAGUGAGCUACGCGAACGUCUGGGAGAGUUGGAUGGUCUUCCUGGCAGCCAAUCGCCGGGUUCCGAGACUCCCAAAAUGCAGGGGACUUUGAAUAAGGACUUUGAGGCAAUUGGCAUGAGAGAAUCACAGUUGAAAUCCGAAAACGAGGACUUGAAGCGAGAGAUGGAAUCGUUGAAAGCGCCAUCGACAGCUCCCGAAGCGCCCGACAUUUUCUCUGAAAACUUCAAUACAUCCGUGGAAGUUGCAUGUGCCAAUUCCACCCAAAGCGACGAGUAUUGGAAGCUAUACGAAAAUUAUACUGGGGCAUUGAAGAAGAUUGCUGAAAUUCAAGACACCCUGGAAACCACGAAGAAGGACCUCGCAGAUUCCCAAACUCAGAUCUCACUCUUCUCUACUGAAAACUCCGAUCUCCUCCGCGAACUUGAAGAGCACAACUCGGCCGAACUUGCCAAGCUACGCAGCGAAUGGGACAAUCUGACCCAAAACGUACAUCACUUGGAGGCCGAAGUCGAUGCUAGCCAAACUCUGGUGCGCGAAGUGUGCUCCGAGCGUGAAGAGCUGCGCAAGAUGCUCGAAACCAAGCAGAACGAGAUCAGCGCCGAGGAUCAGGAAGUGAUGAACGAGAUGCAGAUGCUGUUGGGCGAAUUCGAAAUCGUGAACAGCGAGGGUGGCGAGGUGCCGCAGAAGUCGAGCUUUGAGCUCCUGAAGCAGUGUGCUGGUGUGCUAGAGAAGAAUAUCGAGCGACUUGCUCAGCGUGCAGAGUAUAUUCAACAGCAAAAUGAGCUUAUCAAGUCUCUUCGGGAGAGCAUGAAGAACUACGAGGAGAAUCUGGAUGAUGGCAUCUCCAGAGAGCGUGAAAUGGAGCUCCAGAAAAUCAUCGACGACCAAGCCCGAGAGCUUAGCCUCGUAAGCUCAGCCUGGUAUCACCUCCAGAGCCGAUGGCAGAAUAACAACAUGACCAUCUCACGAUACCGACAAGGCGCAAACAUGACUGAUCCGCGUGGCUGGUUGGCUAAGCAGCGUAGUGUGGUUGCUGGUCAAUAA